CCGUGUGUUUGUGAAGGGCUGCCAUUUUACCGGGCUUACGGAAAGGAGAACUGAACAAAAAUGAAAGGGGAACUGGUUCAAAUCAUAUCCAGCUCGCACCAUGAGCUUUUACUUUCAGCAAUGUGGAAUUUAAGACUCACAGGCAGCCUUUGUGACAUCACAGUGCAGGUGGACUUUCAAGGCGAACUGGAGGAAUUCAUGGCCCACCAGGUAGUGAUGGUGGCAUCCAGUGGCUAUUUUAAAACCCUUCUCCUAACAGAGGAACGAGUGAAAAAAGUAUUCUUAAAUACUAUUUCACCUGAUGUCUUUACCAAGUUUUUAGAGUAUGCGUAUUCUGGGAAAAUAGAAGUCAAGGAGAGUUGUCUUGACCACAUAUUAAACAUGGCAAAGCUGCUUGACUGCCAAGACUUAGUGGAAGCGUGCAGUACUAAACUUCAGAAUCAUAAUUCUGAACGUGCCAGCACCGAAACAGGCAAAUUACUUAAGCAAAGGUCUAAAAAGGCUGUAAAAAGAGCAUUAAACGAAAGGAAAAAACUCAGAACUACACUGAAAAGCAUAAGCACUGAAAGAGAGGAGCAAAUAAUGCUACAGGGCAGAAGGAGCAGCAGGAUAGCCGGACGCAGAGUAGUUGUAGACUUCAGUAAGAAGAAUCCGGAGAACAAGGCGAUAUUUCCACCCGAGGGUUCUGACACAGGUUUAAAUCAAGACAAAACAGAAGCGAAACAAGACGCAUCACUAGAGGUUGGAGAAACCAAAUCGGAUGUUGCUGCUGAGCCGGUUCUACCCGAGAAGGAGGCUCUCACUUACAGUGGCUCUGAAUCGCCAUACACUGUCAACCAUGACAUGUCAGAUGAAGACUUACAGGAAUCUGACUUCACACUGACUGCUGUUACUGAACAAACUCUAGAGGCUGCUAAAAAGGAAUGCAAGCCAGUCGGCUCCAAGUACAAUUGUAGCAUGUGUAUCCGUUCAUUUCGCUAUGAGAAGAGCUACUUAAAGCAUGUUAAGGUUAGUCAUGGCAUCACCACGGACACAACUUACCGCUGCAGCAUUUGCCAGCAGACUUUUGCCAACCGCUGCAACCUUAAGAUUCACGAGAGGCAUGUGCACAGCGAUGAGAGGCUCUUUCUUUGUGGCAUGUGUGGUAAGGCCUUCAAACGCAAGAAGGAUGUGACGAGGCACAUGAGGCAGGUGCAUGAGGGUGGCACCGAGCGACACUACUGCCCGACCUGUGGCAAAUCUCUGAGUUCCAGAACAGCUCUCACCCUACAUGAGAGGACACACACAGGGGACAAACCGUACAGCUGUGGAGAGUGUGGAGCCCGUUUCUCCCAGAGCUCAGCGCUCAAGACACACCAGAGGAUACACACUGGUGAGAAGCCUUUUGCCUGUGACUUGUGCGAUGCCAGGUUUACCCAGAACCACAUGCUGGCUUACCAUAAACGAUCCCACACAGGAGAGAAGCCGUAUAUGUGUGAAAACUGCGGGAAAAGCUUUGCCUCUAAAGAAUACCUGAAACAUCAUGCAAGAAUCCAUUCAGGCUUGAAGCCGUACAAGUGUGACAGCUGUGGAAGAGCAUUUGCACAGCGUAACUCACUCCAUCAGCAUAUGAAAAUUCACACAGGUGAGAGGCCGUAUCAUUGUUCGGCCUGUGAUAAGCAGUUCACCCAGCUCAAUGCUCUUCAGAGGCAUCAGAGGAUCCACACAGGAGAGAAACCAUACAUGUGCAGCAUGUGCGGCCGAACUUUUACUGACAAAUCUACUGUCCGCAGACACACUUUGACCCACGACAAAGAUACACCUUGGAAGAAUUACCUCGUUGUGCUGGAAGGUAAUGUAGAGGAACGUGUCAAGAAGCCAAAAGGGUCAUCUGUAAGGAAGAUGAAGACAGCAGUGAAUGCAGAAGAACAAGUGGAGAAUCAGAGUGAUCCUAAAACCCAGGAGACAGUAUCUGUGCCAGAGGAGCCAGUGACCAUCUCUGGAGACUGGGCCGACCCUGGCACUAUAACUGUGGUCAGUCAUGGAACGCUGGGCAAUCUGACAGUUAUCCAGACAGGCGUGCCAUCUGGUACACAACUGCAGCCUAUUGUCACUGCAGACGGAACCGGCGUCAUUUCACUAGAGAGCUCCACUGUCGGCAUCCCUGUCACUCUGCCUUUUUCCAUUCCUAUCUCCGUUGCACAUUCCAUCUCUGGUUCAGCCACACUGACCGGGACAGUCGCUCUCAGUGAACCGGCCGCUGAUUCUGAUGCUACCUUGGCACCAGUAGAUUCAGCAGCACCUGUCACCACAGUCACGGAAGGCAUUCUUUCUCCAGUCGAAGUCACUUUAUCUACAUCUAAUGAAUGUGGAACAACAACACAGUCAGCUGUGGAGCAGGUUGAAGAGGCACAGCAGUCGGAUUCCCAGGAGGGAACAAUUGAGCAUGUACAGAAUGAGACACAGUAGAGGCUGUGGAAGUAGAUCUCUGCAGGAGAUGAGUAUUAACAGCUUUUUAGUGGACUUUUCACAGCACAGAAUCUGUAUAAUGUUACUGUGUAGUGUUGGGUCUUUUGGUGUUUUUUUAUUCAAUGUAAAUAUAAAAAGCCUACUGUAUAGAAAGUGAUGAAUUAUAUUUAUCAGAAGAAACAUUCCUUGUUUAUCAACAGGAAAAUUGAGCUGUUUUUUAUGCCGAACAGUUCUUACUCAGUAGAGUUUAAACGGCACGACAGAAACAGAGGCGUCAAAACCAAGCCCUAAAAUAACUAUUUGAGCUUAGUUUUUGUGGCUUAAAAACCUUGUAGAAGUUUAGCAAGAAGGUUUUAAAAAUAGUUUUAACUUUUUAAUAUUUUUGAUUUUUCCUGUGGCAUUAGUCAUUGUAUAUCAAUUGCACAAAUUGGUUACACGAUGAAACAUAAUGAGUUUCAA